AUGAAGUGGUGGGACAAGGAACAUGGUUCUGGUUGCAAACAUGGGGCGGUUCGGGCCAGUCGGAUCCACCACCCGAUACCCGAAACCAGAUAUGUCAAUCGGGUCGAAUCACCAACCGGGUCGUUCACUUGGGUUUCGUCGUCAAAGCCCAAGCUCACGUGCAAGUGUUGUGGUCAGCCUCAGUGCAACGGGUGUCACUUGCGGCCGCCAUGGAAGGCCAAGGACAAGACUAAAGGCACCCACAAGCUUAAAUCAAACGGCACCGUUUUUAAGGAUCUGCUGUCUGGGUUUUCUGCCACCACCAUUUUAGAUCUUUUGGAUCGUCAACUCUUCUCCAGUUACGAAACCGAUGAGGACGACGACGAAGAAGAAGAAGUUGAUCGUGAUUAUCUUUAUGAUAUAUAA